AUGGCCGCCCUGGUGGGAGCUUCUCUUCUUUUUGCCGCCGUUGCCGCGGCGCAGAAUAGCUGUUCGAUCGUCCCCAUCUACGUCGACUUCCAUGACAGGGCAGUCAAUGGCGGCGUAAAUAUACAAUACGGCCUUUUCGCCGGAAUAGGCUUCCCCCUAUCGCAAAAUCAGUCUCUAUGGCCGUCGCUGUCGAACAAUGAGACGACGGUGUCUAGUCUCGACUACUGCACCAAUAGUCCGUUCCCGAAUUGCUUGGAUCAUGAUCACGGAUUCUACUCCCCAGAACUAUCAGAGAAUUAUUCCUCCGUGGCAUCAUAUCAACCACUCGAUGAAUAUGGAUCGAUACCCGCAACAAUUGUUGAGACUGCGCUCGACACUCUCAAUGUCUUCACACACUACUUUGACCCGUCACCAGCAACUAUAACGCGAGUACAGAACUUCCCCAUCACGAGACUGUCCAACUAUUCUUCCAGCAGGACACCGUGGUUUGGACCUGCCGGCCUCAUGGGUCUUGGGCCCGUCAGCACUCUCCUCGAACACCUGUACAACAAUCAGUUUAUCUCGUCGCGAUCUUUUGGCUUGUACAUGGGUACUGAGUAUGAGCAGUCGAACGGUGCAAUCAAUGGCUCACUCACUCUGGGUGGCUAUGAUUCAGGUCGAUUUGAGGGCGUCGUACAUAAUUACACCAUCAGUCAGCCGCGUGCGGAUGCAGCUCACAGCCCCUUCAAGGUGUCGGUCCAGCAAAUGACUCUUACCGACGAGUCCAAUGGAGAGAAGACAGACUUGCUCACUGGCGCAUUCGACGCCCAUAUCACUACCUCGCAAUACCAACUCAGUCUGCCUGACAAUGUCCUCCAGCAAUUCUCGGACGCAACAGGUGCUAUACCCUCCGACGACGAUCUCAACGUCUAUCGUCUUCCUGACGGCUUCAACUCCACGUUAACAAUCACUCUUGACUCCGGCCUCGAGAUCACCUACGAUGCCGACUGGUUGAGGAACGUGUCAAACAACUCGCCCAUCUCCACCCACACCAUACCAGACGGUACUACCAACGGAACGAUCAAUCUCCUUGGCAGCGCCUUCCUCUCCAAUGUCUACUUGAUCGCGAACUACGACUCCGAGCCGCCGACGUUUCACCUCGCCAAAGCAUUGCCACACGCACCGUACGUCUUCACGGAGACGCUAUGCCCAAACACAGUGCCCACAGCCGCAGCGCAGACUAAGAUUUCCAGCUUUGCGGCUUCAGGGAUGGCCGGUGCAAUCGUCGGUGGUGUGGUCGGGGGCAUCGGCGUCGGAUUUGCCAUCUACUGGCUUUUCCGAAAAUGCAUGCAGCGACGCAUGUGGCGUGAAAAAGCCCGCCAAAGCAUGAAGGGCAAGGGUAUGGACAGUGAAUCUACCGUGGGAGGCACCAAAUGGGCCAGCGGCAAAGCCCAAGGGUCGCCCUCGACCAUGGCAAGCGAGAUAGAGAGGGGAAACAGCAGUGAAAUGGCGACGUUUGCAUUCGAUUUCAAUUCACAACAACAUCAGGCGUAUGCAACUUACCUCGACAACGCGACGCAACAACCACAGCCACAACCACAGCAGCAGGAUCAGAACGCCUCAAGACUGUCACGCACGUACAGCCAAUUCGUCAAGCAAAUGGCGCACGAGAACCUCGCCUUGAACACAGCUCCCCAGUCGGGAAUGCAUGCCCCUCAAUACGCGCGGCCCAUUACCUCUGACUCCUUUGAGACUCCGAUCACGCCUGCCACGGGCGUGCCGUUGUUGUUCUCAUCAUCCCGACCCGGGCAGUCGCCGGAGCCGGUGAUCCAGACGUCCAAGCACGGGCCUUUCCGGCCCUUGACACUGACACACAGCAACGUCUCGGUGCCCGACGCGACGAGCACGUUUCCCUUCGGAGAGGGACAGGGACGGAGCCACGAAGACCACGCCUUCCAAGCCAGGCAGGCCAAAUUGAAGGGAUUGAAUGUGCAGACCGAGUUUGCUCCGCCUCCGACAGCUUUUUCAGAGAAAAUGGCGAGAAAGGCGGCGGGCAGGGAAGGCGGGAAGCUGAAGAAGAUGUUCUCUCCGUCUUCGUAG